AUAUUCUCUUCUAUAAAUACCUCCAUAAUUCUCAUUCUUCCUAUAUCAUAAACUAAUUAAAACACACACACUACGUACUUACAAUAAUAUUUAUCCCUACUUAGAAGAAAAAACGUUGACUUUUUUUUUUGGUUAACAAAAAGAAGAAUUAUGGGAUCCUUGAAGUGUGUGGUUUAUUGGUUUGGUUGUGAUGUCAAGCUUGUUGAUGGAGUCAUCAGAGAGUCGAAUAGUGGCAAGAAAGGAGUUAGGGUUGGACCUUGGUGGAGUUGGCAUUGGAAUUGGAACUGGGAUAGGGAUUGGCUUAGGUGGUGGUGGAGGUAGUGGAAGUGGUGCUGGAGCGGGUUCGGGUUCUGGAUCCGGGUCGGGCUCCAGAUCUUCUUCGAGUUCGAGCUCCUCUUCCUCUUCUUCUAGCUCAGGGUCGGGUGGUGGUGCCGGGUCAGAAGCGGGUUCGUCUGCAGGUUCUUAUGCCGGGUCGGGAUCCGGUGGUAACGGGCACGGGAAGUGAUUGUAAUCAUGGAUUACAAAAAACCAUAUAUUUAUUAUAAUUGUGUUUGUAAUGAUUUUAUAUCAAUAAUAAUUACUAAUAAGAAGAAGAGUACUCAAAGUACUUAUUACUUAUCUAGAUUGUUAUGUUUGUGCACCUUUAAAGCUAAUUAUUAAUUUGAAUUUUGAGUCUUUAAAAUCUUAAAA